AUGGUGGGCUCCGAGCGUUACAUAUCCAACGCCAUCCCCACUCCUACCGUCACUUAUGUCACUGUGGCGAACAACACGCACCUGCGCGCAAGCGCGCAAGGCAUCGUCGUGCUCAAAGCACGCGGGAGCCGCACGCAUAUCACGCUCAACGAUGUGCUGAUCGUCCAGAACCUGUGCUUCAACCUCCUGUCCGCCGCACAGCUCAUGGAUUGCGGCGUCGACCUCAGCACCGACCGCGCGACGCGAGAUAUCCUGCUGCACUAUGAGGCGCGCAACUUCCCCCGCAGGCAGAUCGGACGAGCACACUCCGAAAAUGGGGUGUACGUCCUGGACUUCGAUAUUCCCGACUGCAGCGGCGACUCGCACGAGCUCAUUGACCUCGUGCCACUGCGCUUUGAGCACAUCCACCGCAGGGAUUGGAAGCACCCUGACGGCAGGCCGUGGGUGCCACAUCAUCCCCACCCACGCGAAACGGCGCUUCACAACCCCAAUCCCGAUGGAAUCUGCAGGGAUUGUCACACGCCGACAACCUCAACGAGCGCGAUCGCAGGCCGCGGACUCGCCGCCAUCGCUGAAGCAGAGCACAACGCGCCGCCUGAGGAAGGCAUGUCGCAGCUCGAACUUGAAAUUGCUACCCACGGUGUUUUCGGCACGAAGGAACAUCCCCUCAUCGGUCCCCCCUCACAGCACCUGCAAGGCAUGCUGCGCGGAACAGGGGUCGGGACCUUCGAUGCACUUGGGGAGCCGCGCCCCUACACCUACGAGAAGUUCCUGGAGGACUACUCGACUCAGCGCGACCCGAAGAAGAAGCUUACCGUGGAGCAAGAAGAAGAACUGGCGCGCCGCGAAGCUGAGGUGCUUCGCCAGCAAAGCCUCGCGGAAGCACGCGGGACCUUCGUUUGCGCCGCCUGGGGAGCCGAGGAGGAAGCAAGCGCCUCCAAGAAGGGGGGUGGGGAAGCGCUGGAGGAUGGGGAACAAGCGACACCGGCGGAUGGGGAGACAACGCCGGAACCUGGGCCAACGCGAGCGGCGGAUGGGGCACCGCAUCUGGAGCCGGCAAUAGCGGCUGGGGCACUUCCCGCAAAGAACGAAGGGGGGAAGAGGAAGAAGCCGCGGAAACCGAAGCAGCACCUGCAGUCCGCGAUUCGCAUCGCGAACAAACCUGGUUUCGUCAACCGCACCAAGCACAUCGCGCUGCGGUACUUCUUCGUGAAGGACGAGGUGGACAAGGGCAAGGUCAACUUGACCUACUGCCCGACGGGUGACGUGGCAGCAGACUUCCUCACGAAGCGACUACCACGCCAGCAGUAUCAGCACUCCUCCGAACUCAGCGGCGUGGUCAAGCAGGUCAAGUCGAGCUACGGCCAGGAGUGA